ACGUCCGCCAUUUGGUCUCUCUCUCUCUCUCUCUCUCUCUCUAUCCGAUAAAUCUCGGGAGAAGGUAGUCGAAGUAGUUCGCUUCUAUGCCAUUUUGCCGAGAAAAUGGGAGAAGUUAAGGGAUGUUGGAAAUUAGGACGAAUGCUUCCAAGGGAUAAGUCUGCAAACUCCUACAACGUCUCCCUUCUCUUAUCUCCGGUUGUUUCUGUUUGGGAUUGUAUUGUCCGUAAAAUGAGGUAUACCUACAUACCUGAGUGGAGUAUCCAAAAGCCAGGCAAACAAAGACUUUUAGCAAUCAUGGAUAACAGUAGCUCGAUGCAGCCGAUUGUUAGAAAAGCCAGGAAGAAGAAAGUAAAACAUGAAGUGGAUCGAAUCAAACAAGCUGAGAAGAAAAAGAGACGUCUUGAGAAAGCUAUUGCUACUUCUGCAGCGAUUCGGGCUGAGCUAGAGAAGAAGAAGCAAAUGAAGAAGGAAGGACGGCUAGACGCAGCAGUUGAAGAAGAUUCAGCAGAUGCUGCAAAGAAUAAGCAGGAGAGAGACGAACUGGAGCGUAGCAAACAAGCAGAGAAGAAAAAUAUUCGGCUGGAGAAAUCCAUCGCUACUUCUGCAGCCAUCAUGGCUGAGCUAGAGAAGAAGAAGCUUAGAAAACUUGAGGAACAAAAGAGAUUGGAUGAGGAAGGUGCCGCCAUUGCUGAGAAGAAAAAGAGACGUCUUGAGAAAGCUAUUGCUACUUCUGCAGCGAUUCGGGCUGAGCUAGAGAAGAAGAAGCAAAUGAAGAAGGAAGGACAGCUAGACGCAGCAGUUGAAGAAGAUUCAGCAAAGAAUAAGCAGGAGAGAGACAAACUGGAGCGUAUCAAACAAGCAGAGAGGAAAAAGAGACGUCUUGAGAAAUCCAUCGCUAUUUCUGCAGCCAUCAGGGCUGAGCUAGAGAAGAAGAAGCUUAGAAAACUUGAGGAACAAAGGAGAUUGGAUGAGGAAGGUGCCGCCAUAGCAGAGGCUGUUGCUCUGCACGUCUUACUUGGCGAAGAUUGUGAUGACUCAUACCGAAACACGCUUAACCAAGAAACAGGUUUCAAGCCAUGGGACUCAACUACCAAAUUCAAUCUUUUUAGCGGUGGAAGAAACAUAUUUUUUCCUCACCAACGGUGCUCGAGCUAUGCAGUUCAUAGUAAUAACAGAACAAGAGAGAGUAACUGGUCGUCAGUCUCAUAUGAGCCUUUCGCAAGAGGAUGGGAUAACAACAACAACAACAACAUGAGAAUAUCAGCUGAUUUGAUUGCUGCUCAAGCUGUGUCGUCACUACAGAUCUCUGAGAAUACUGACGUUGACGCCAUUGAUACUGGUGGGUUUGUAGAUGAAAAAUGCGAGAAUAGAUUAUAUGUUGGAAACCUCGAUCUUAGAAUAAACGAGGCUGCGUUGAUAAAAAUGUUUUCUCCAUUUGGGAAGAUCAUAUCAGAAGACUUCCUUUGGCACACACGAGGCCCAAAGAAAGGAGAACCACGCGGCUAUGCUUUCAUCCAAUUUAGCCAUAAAGAGGAAGCUGAAUUGGCGAAGGAGAAGAUGCAUGGGAGAUUAGCUUGUGGUAGGCCUUUAGUGGUGCGUUUAGCUAGUGAGAAGCAUCUUGAAGAUAUCUCUCAGGAUCACUCCAAAAGAUCAUUACCAGAAGCAAACAGAACGAGGUUUGUAAACGGGAGCAGCUCAGGACAAAUGAGCCGAGGCGAAAAAGUAGCUGCCAUUAAGAACAAACUCAAAGCUUUGGACGAAGAUGAGAAACGAGAUCCCAAGAAACAGAAGAGAUAAAAAAUCGAGUUGAACACACAACUUUGGGUCUCUAUGACUGUGACCAUUGCCAAGAGAUAUGUUGAAAGAGAGAAUGUCAACAUUUGCAUACACAUUUUCGGUUUUGGUUUGAUUUGAUUUGGUUUACCGGUUUAAUCGAAACGAAUUUUGAU